CAAGAGUGGUCAACGUGACUGCUCCUAAGGCAUUGUCCGGGAUGUCCAUAUGAAAUUCCCCUCAAGUGGAUGUGCUCAUGUGAAGAUUCCAAAGCAAACCUAAAGUCCUGGGGACCCACAAGGUGCCACACUGUAUCGGGAUGUACAGCGCCUCAUCGUCCUCCUCCGAGUAGAGGAACAAGUUGGCAGAAACCAGCUUGCCUUAUGGGUGCGAUCUUCCCAUGUUGCGCCAUGCCAAGAUCGAGUGGGAGGUGUUGCGGUGGUCCAUGCCUGGGCACGGGCUUGCUUUGAUUGACAACCCUUUUACUUUCUCGCUGCGUACUGGGCAUGGAGGUCUCCUUGAGCUGUUCAUCUGCAUCUUCUCUGUGAUGGAUGAGAGGAGGAAUGGAUGUAAGGGCUCCGCUGUCAUGGCCAUUGGCUUCUGUCACCAUGGCACACCUCAUGAGAAUGUUCUACACUGGAGCUGAAAUGAAGCUUGCCAGAUCCUUCACGCUUGCUAUGUUCAAGAGGAACUUCAUGAACCACUGGGUGUACUGGGUGGGUUCCAUGAUCUGUGAUGCUAUGGGCGCCGUCAUGUACGACUUAAUGCUCUUCCCCAGCAUUUGUGGACUGGCCAAGAGGGUAGCCACCCUGAACGGCAGCCGGCCUCUGGAGCAGGACACCGGCGGGGAGCCCAUCAAGCUCAAGGCCCAGUCCCUAUACCGUAACCCUGCCACCAAGCCAGUGGACGUAAGGGCCCGCCAGAAUUGUUAUAGCAGACAGCUGCUUCCAACAACCCAGCUCUUCUCCCAGCAAACCAGCUCUCCUCCUUCUCCCAGCAACCCAGCUCUUCUCCUCCCAGCAACCCAGCUCUCCUCCUCCUCCCAGCAACCCAGCUCUCCUUCUCCUCCCAGCAACCCAGCUCUCCUUCUCCUCCCAGCAACCCAGCUCUCCUUCUCCUCCCAGCAACCCAGCUCUCCUUCUCCUCCCAGCAACCCAGCUCUCCUCCUCCUCCCAGCAACCCAGCUCUUCUCCUCCCAGCAACCCAGCUCUUCUCCUCCCAGCAACCCAGCUCUUCUCCUCCCAGCAACCCAGCUCUUCUCCUCCCAGCAACGCAAUUCUCCUCCCUCUCCCUGCAACGCAGCUCUCCUCCCUCUCCCUGCAACGCAGCUCUCCUCCUCUCAGCAAUCCAGCUCUCCUCCUCCAACCCCCACGCCCCGCCCCACCCAGCUCUCCUCCCUGCAAUCCAGCUCUCCUCCUCCAACCCCCACGCCCCGCCCCACCCAGCUCUCCUCCUCUCACAACCCCCGCCCCGUCACCAACAACCAGCAACCCCAACAAUCAGACUAA